AUGCUGCUCUUGACUGUGAAUCUUUUGAUCGCGUCGUCCGCUGCGUGGGCCUGGGGCGCGCUGGCGGCAUCGCCUCAAGAUAUGGCAGUAAAUGAAGAGACUUGGUUUCUCCUCUCAAAUCUCCUGGCGCCCGUCACCCCUCAAAACUUCGUGGACUCCUACUAUCGCCGUGACCUCCUACAUGUGCCAGCUGCAGCAUCAAGCUGGAGUCAACUUGCCGCUGCCGACCCUUGGCUGAAAGGACUGCGCAAUGUUGAUGCCUUUCUGUUGGAAACAUACGCACAGCUUCGGACUAUCCCCCAAGCAGUCAACUACAAGACUCCGACCGGGGCUGACCGUCCGGCCCCGCCCGCAGCAACUUGGUCAGAAGAGGCAGCCCGCUUCCACGACAGCGGGGAGUCAUUGGUCUUGCGUCGAGAAGCAACCACAGCGCCUUUGUCCAAGCUUGAGCUGGCUCUACAAGCCGCUUUUCAGACCAACCGUGUCACAGCCCAUGCCUACAUUUCUUCGGGCGGGGCGCAGGCUCUGCCGUUUCACACCGACAGGUGUGCCUACGAUUCAGGCUGCGAUAUCAACUGUGCACCCUGUCCUGAAUGCGUCUUUGGGUGCGCGGGGACCUGUGCAUCCGUUAAUUGCGAGCCCGGCAUGUACUUUAUUCCUGAUGAUGAGAAUGUUUCAAGUGCCACUUGUCAAGCCACGGACAAACCACCGGAGAAUCUUAUGUCAGUUUGGCAGCUCCACUUCUUCUACCUCUUCUACCUCUUCUACCUCUUCUACCUCUUCUACCUCUUCUACCUCUUCUACCUCUUCUACCUCUUCUACCUCUUCUACUUCAUCGACUUCAUCGACCUCUUCAUCCUCUUCAUCCUCUUCAUCCUCCUCAACUUCCUCAACUUCCUCAACUUCCUCAACAUCUUCAACAUCUUCAUCCUCCUCAACUUCCUCAACUUCCUCAACUUCCUCAACAUCUUCAACAUCUUCAACUUCCUCAACUUCCUCAACAUCUUCAACUUCCUCAACAUCUUCAACAUCUUCAACCUCUUCAACCUCUUCAACUUCCUCAACCUCUUCAACCUCUUCAAUUUUCUCAACCUCCCCAACCUCUCAUGUCUCCACCAUUUCCCAUGUCUCCUCAACCUCUCAUGCCUCCCCGACCAGCGCCACUGUCGUUCCAACAGCUCUGUUGGCUGCACAGGGAAGCACAUCAGCUAUAAACUCUUCAGUCUCAGUGGUGGCAGAGGAAGAUUGGGCACCAAGCACGAGGCCCAAGUACAGACACGAUACCAAACCAGACCCAAGCUAGUGUUGGCGGAGGUGAUAGAGCCCAAGGAUGCUCAUCACCGUCGAGCCUUGAUGGCUGAGAUGCGCUUUUUCAAAGAACUCGCUUGGCAUCCUCACCGCGCUGAACGGCCGGCUCAGCUUUCAAACAUGCCCAUCAUGGUGUUCAAGUUGCUCAGACGUUGCUGGCAGUUUGAUCCCCAGCUACGCCCAACAGGGGCUCAGAUUGCUCGCGAGAUGGAAGACACGUAUUCUUUGUAUGAGAUGCCAAAUCAACCAGAUACUGCCUGGGGUGAAAGGUAUGCAGAGGUCAUGGGCGCGGGCCAGCUGUAUGAAACCUUGGAGGUGGAAUUGGUAAGCUCCGAUGCAACCGCCUCUACGAGUACCAACAUCUACAAUAAUUCUUCUGAGACGGAGGACAGCUUGUAUGCGGAGCCAGCUGAUGUGUUCGAUUCUAACACCUACGACUUGGCUUCGCCCGCACGCAGAGCAACCUUGUCACACCAACCAUCCGUGGCGGGCGUUAACCUUGACGUGACUGAAUUAUAGUGAACCUGUUGAACUGACCGGGUUCUUCUUUUUAAGGCAGCCCAAAGGUUCCCAACCCUUUGGUUGUUCCUUGACUCAAACUGACGUUCCGAUAAAGCAAUCGCAUUUGGAGUCAUCUUGCGCAUUGAGCAUCAGUCAUGCAUGAUCUGCGAUCUGCUUCCACCAACAAGGAUUCGCUCGUCUGUCUCUUUCUUGUUCUCCAAUCGCACCCGUUCCGAUACCGGCAAUGGAUUCUGC